AUGGGAGCCCUUAUAGCGUUGCUUGCGUCUAUCGUCCCGGCUGCACUUGCACAGAAUGUCCGAGACCUGAAUGAUCCCUACUACGGCUUAAAUGAUUUUGACCUUCGUUGGAUUGCCAAUGCCAACUGGACAUACACCAGUGAAUCUAUCCAGGGAUUGAGCAAGGAUUUCCUCUCCACAUGGCUUGUGUUUGAUGGAUUGGAUACUUAUGCAACUGUUAAUUUGUGCGGAAAAUUCAUCGCAUCUACCGACAAUCAAUUCCGCCAGUAUUCUUUCGACGUAUCCGACGUUCUGAGGCAAUGCACGGAAGAGCCUGUCCUGAGUCUCAACUUCGGCAGUGCGCCACAGAUUGUGAAUAAAAUCGCCGAAGGUUACGGUCCCAAUGAUUGGCCCUUCGAAAUGACCUAUGAGUUUCCAAAUCGAUGGUUCAUGCGCAAAGAACAGUCGGACUUUGGAUGGGACUGGGGACCAGCGUUUGCGCCGGCCGGCCCCUGGAAGCCCGCCUAUCUUGUGCAACUUGAGGAUCCGGAAAGUAUCUAUGUCUUAAACACAGAUCUGGACAUCCAUCGGCAAGGCCAGAUCAACCAUCUACCACCUGACCAAGACCAGCCCUGGGUUGUGAAUGCUAGUAUUGAUUUCUUGGGCCAUGUCCCACGGCACUCAUCCAUGUCGAUUGAGAUACAAGAUAACGAAUCAGGUGCUAUACUCACCUCAAGGGCCCUUAGCAAUAUCACUGUGUCUGGGAAUUCGAUCACGGGCGUCACCGUUCUCGAUAACGCCAGUCCGAAGCUUUGGUGGCCGCAUGGCCUCGGGCCCCAGAAUCUCUACAAUAUUUCCGUCGCUAUCCAUAGUAGAAACUCGGAGUCCUUAGCCCACAUCACCAAGAGAACUGGAUUCCGCACCAUUUUCCUCAACCAGCGCAAUAUCACUCCGGCUCAACUUGCACAGGGUGUCGCGCCCGGUAGUAAUUGGCAUUUCGAAAUUAACGGCCAUGAGUUUUACGCUAAAGGCUCUAAUUUAAUUCCCCCAGAUGCUUUUUGGCCUCGAGUCACGGAAGCCAAGAUGGCGCGCUUGUUUGAUGUCGCAAUCCUAGGAAAUCAAAAUAUGCUUCGUGUUUGGUCCUCAGGGGCUUACCUGCCUGACUUUAUGUACGAUCUGGCCGAUGAGAGGGGCUUGCUUCUUUGGAGCGAGUUUGAAUUCAGCGAUGCCAUAUAUCCGGUGGAUGACAAGUUUUUGGCCAACGUUGCGGCGGAGGUUGUAUACAACGUCCGACGCGUGAACCAUCAUCCAUCGCUCGCUUUAUGGGCAGGCGGCAAUGAAAUUGAGUCUCUGAUGCUCCCUAUCGCCAAGGCUGGGGAUCCCGACGGAUUUGACAAGUAUAUCGGGGAUUACGAGACAUUAUACAUCCGCCUCAUACUGCCUUUGGUUUAUGAGAAUACACGGUCGAUUUCGUACAUCCCUAGCAGCACAACUGAAGGCUAUCUGGCGGUCAAUCUAUCGGCACCCAUUCCCAUGGCGGAGCGAUUUAUGAAUGUCACGCCCGGGCAUUAUUAUGGUGACACUGACUACUACAACUACGACAGCCGCACAGCGUUCGACUACUCUCGUUACCCAGUGGGCCGGUUUGCCAAUGAAUUUGGAUUCCACAGCAUGCCGAGCCUUCAAACGUGGCAGCAGGCCGUCGAGUCCGCCGACUUGCACUUCAACAGCAGCGUUGUAAUGCUUCGAAAUCAUCACUAUCCACCUGGGAGUACGGACACCGGUAACUUCCACAAUACAUCGAUUGGCAUGGGCGAGAUGACCAUGGCCGUUGAACGCUACUAUCCGAUCCCGCACAAGACGGACUCUGUUGCCAACUUCAGUGCCUGGUGCCACGCGACCCAGCUCUUCCAGGCGGACAUGUACAAGAGUCAGAUCCAAUUCUACCGUCGCGGGAGUGGAAUGCCCGAACGGCAGCUAGGAUCCCUUUACUGGCAGCUCGAGGACAUCUGGCAAGCGCCGUCCUGGGCUGGGAUUGAGUACGAUGGGCGAUGGAAGGCUCUUCACUACGUGGCGAAAGACAUAUACGAACCCGUGAUCGUCUCUCCGUUCUGGAACUACACCACGGGCCAUUUGGAGAUCUACGUGACGUCGGAUCAAUGGGAGCCAGUGACCGGCAGCGUCCAGCUGACCUGGAUGGACCUAUCGGGCCAUCGCAUUGCGCAUAACGCGGGUACGCCGACCUCGGUCUCCUUCCACGUGGGGGCGCUCAAUACCACGAAAAUAUACAGCAGCAGCAUCAGUGAGCUUGGAUUAACGGAUCAAAAGGACUCGAUUCUCCUGCUGUCUCUCACGGGCAGGGGACGUCUGCCCAAUUCCCACAGGGAGAUGUCAUUCACCCAUACGAAUUAUUUCACGCCGGCGUUCCCAAAGGACCUCAAGCUAGUCGAUCCCGGACUCAACCUCUCAUAUGAUACGGAUUCCGAUAAGUUUACGGUAGAAGCCACAAGGGGGAUUUCGCUGUUCACUUGGCUCAACUAUCCUGCCGGCCGGGUUGGGUAUUUCACGGAGAACGCUUUCGUGUUGGUUCCCGGACAAAGGAAAGAAAUCCAGUUUGUGACUCAGGUAGACGGUGAAGUAGAUAACUGGGCAGAGGAGGACGUAUUCCCUACAGGCUUGCACGCGGCCUGGAAUGGGAAUGGGCCGGCUGACGAUGGCCUCCAUGCCCUGCCAGGCGAAGGUGAUAGCCUCCUUCGCCCCGGCUGUCUUGGGGGGGAUCGCUACGGAAGGAUGGUUACGCAGAUAUUCGUCGACGAUAGCUUGGUCAACAGCACCCUGGGAACCCAUGACACCGUCACGGUCGAAGUUCUCUUCUCUAUCGGAGCGCAACUUGGUCGGAUGAUGCAGCUGCAGAGCAUCAAAGAAGGCGAUCAGAGGGGCGCCCUGACGACCCGCUGCCUGGUCGCUAAUGCGGAAGUCAGUGAUGCUGGUGAUGCUGGCAGGCGCGGCAAGGAAGGGGCCGUCCGCCAUGGUGUGCACAGCAGCUGCGAAGGUUUCGCCCAGGAUGACAUUCACUUCGGACAAUUCGGAAGAAUAUCCGCCUACUGGCUCUCCUUCGCCCUCCCCUUCAUCCAGAACGGCUACUCGGACUUUCAAUGGCGCUUUCUCCUCGCCUUCCAGUUCAUUCCCGCCCUCUUUCUGGCCCUCUCCGUCAAGUUCUUCCCCAAUAGUCCACAAUAUCUUGCAUCUGUCGGACGGACAGAGGAGGCCCAGGACGUGUUGACUCGUCUUAAGUCUCCAGUUAACCCCCGACGAGGUCGACCAGGAGUUCCUCGAGGUCACCCUCGCCGCAGAGUAUCGGAAACCCAGUUCUCCCAUCUAAUUUGCCAAAAUCCUCCUAGGACGGAGUGGACGGCCGUGAGCGAACCUGAGUCGACGUGCCUGGCUCUGUUUGUUCCUGCAAAUAAUGGCGUCCUGGAGGGGGAUCAUCAGGCGGGAUACAGCGAGAUCACGCAGAAUGGCCUCGUAACGGGGUUGAAUUCCAUUGGGGUGGACACCAUCAUCAGUGCGCAGAUCGUGGACCGCAUUGGACGGCGGAAUGGCGGAUCCGUGUACGAAGGCCCCCUUGGACAUCCCGAAAACGCAUCCCAGUAUGUCCCGGCUGCGGCAGCGACGCUGUUUCUUUUUAACUUGGAGUGCGUCUACCGCCUCAUUCUUCUGAUUACAAAUAUAAUAUCUCCUCCCAGUUAUGCCGCUACAUGGGGAACCGUCACCUUCCUCAUCCCCACGGAAAUCUUCCCCUCGGAUCUAUGUACCCAGGGCAAUGGGUUCAACAUCACCGGAUGGGCCAUCACCGUAUGCGUGACGAUGUUGGUAAACCCGAUCAUGUUCGACCGGAUCAAGAGCCCGAGUUACUUCAUUCUCGCAGGACUGAAUUUGAUCUGGAUCCCGGGGGUGGUUUUAUUCCGAGACAUGUGGUCUUUGGAAUUGAUCGAGACGCUCUUCGAGACGCAUAGUGCGUUGCCUUGGGACAUGGAACAGACGUAUCAAGAGCAUGGAAACGGACUGGUGGAACAGCAUAAAAAUGGAAGAGAAUCCCCUGGGAAGAUUGAGGGCUAUAUUCCUUGA